AUGGCUGCGCCUAAACCUUGGGAGUCUUCAGUCCCUAUGUCGAGCCAACCGAUACCAACAGCAUUCGAUACAAUGAACAUCGGUCCCCUGCCAACCGUUGAACAACAACGCAUGCAAACUUCAGCACCACUUCCUCCUCCUCGAAGUACCCAACAACCACAUCAACAACUCGGUUUCUACCCUUCAUCAAAUUAUAUGAGUCCAUAUGGAUUAAAUCCAUAUCAAGCAGGAGGUUUUUAUAAUAAUUAUCGCUUAUCUCCUUAUGGCACUCCAUCGAAUCUUCCAGUGGGUAAUUUCGCUCAGUUAGCUAUGGAUGAAUCCCGUUCAGCAUUUUCAUCCAUUGAGUCGGUUAUUCACACAUUUCGUUCCAUAUCGUUCAUGCUCGAAUCGACAUUUACCAGUGUUUAUUCAUCGUUUCGUGCUGUUACCGAUGUAUUCGAUCAUUUUACGCGAGUACGCGCCGAAGUUUCGACAAUUUAUCCAUUUGUUUUAAUAUGGAGAUUUCUGAAAUAUCUUUAUCAUCGUCUUUUACGUCUACUUCAUUUACGACAAGCGACACACGGCAGCGCAGAGGAAACAUGGACAGCCAUCUACAAUAGUUUACAACAGAAUGCUGCUAAUCCAAAUGGAGCAGACGCAUCACGUUCAUCUUCGUCCAGUUUACUCGUUGCCCUAUUCUUUAUUGUCUCCUUCGGUACACCAAUGUUAAUGCUAAAACUAAUUAAUUCGAUUAUUAAGAAGAGACAAGUUAACACACAUUGGUUAGAGCAAGAGUCGAAACAAGCCAAGGUGAUAGCACUGUAUGACUACGUUGCUAGAAAUGCAGAUGAAUUAUCAUUUACACGAGGAACAACUAUUUAUUUAGCACCUCUCGCCAUGCAAUCCACUGCAUCACAAUGGUUUCUAGGUUCAAUAGAUCGUAUCCAUACAGGUUUAAUACCUGCUAAUUAUGUUCAACCCAUUCGACAACAAAAUACAUCCAGUAUAACUCUUCAUCCACAAACACCGUACAAUGCCAUGUCUACUGUACCACCACUUCCACCUUCUUCGAACGUUAUAAAUACGCCAGAGACAAUAUUUACUCGCGGAGAACAACCUACUCUAUCUUGA